AUGAUCCUCGAAAAAGUAAAAGCUUGAAAUGCAACUAUCUUUGUUUUGGGAAUGGUGAUUUUGGAUUUUUUUAACAUCGGUUCAUCUAUACUCAAAUUUGAGGUGGUGUAGAAAACUAAACCGGAAUAUAUAACAACCAAUAUAAUAAAAUCUAUAUGGUAUUCUUUUGAGACCUUAGCUAAUGAAUCCGUUGUUUGAUUUUCAGAAAGAGGAUGAUAAACAACUGAGAAGUCUACAAAUCUACUCUUCUUUCUUGAUAGUUCAUUAUUCAAAAUCUUGGCCACGCUUCUAGGUUUUGUAUCAUCGAUAUCAGGUUCUUGCAAUCAGUACCAAAGUGUUAUCAGUACCAAAGUGUUGGCAAAUAAGUUGCUUCUAACAAACAAGAGUUGGUUUCCAUUACCACUAUAUUAUAUAUAUGAUAAUUAUAUAAAUUUUAUUAAAAGUUAUACAUUUACAUGUGAUAUGGAGAUGACUAAUAUUUAAUUGUUUUUGUUUCACUUGACCAUAUUUAACUCGAAAUAUGGCCAAACCCAGAUUAUGAUAGGUGCUUACUGCUUAAUGACAAAGCUAUUGUUUGGGAGUAAAACAUAAUAAAAUCAUAGGAUAAGACUACAAUUUAAAAUAAAUUGAUUAUCAUUAUCUCAUUGUUUUUUUUGUUGUGUGCGCGUGAAAAACAAACAAAGAACUUAACCACUUUGGUCCUUAUAUGUGUAUGCAAGUGGUUCCAGUGCAUUAAUCUUGUCUGCUUGGUCCUAUUUGCUGAUCAAUCAUGUUAAUUGGAUGAUAAUCAAUCUUGUAAAUUUUAAAAUGAUAUCUUGUUGACAAAAGUUCGACGUCAUAAAAACUAUAGAUUAUCACCAUUCGCAUUGUGGAUUAAGUGAGAAGUCAUUACAAGAUUUUCUUAUUUCCACAACAGUUACAUCUUUGUCUCUUCUGCUGGACCAAUUCUAUUGAGAGAGAUUGAAAGAGAAGAAGCUAUCUCUCUCAAAACCAAAGAAAAAGCCUUUCUAGGUUGUCAUCAGCAAAGCAUAAGAUCAACUAUAGUCUUUUUCAAUUUCCUCGUCAACAUCAUCCUCAUUAUCUCAUUCCCUUUCACAGCCAAGACCAUGACUCAAGUCACUAUGGAAGAAGUAUGGAAAGAUAUCAACCUUGCUUCGCUUCACCAACAUCGCCACCUAAACAUUGAUCAUGAGCCAGUAUUGAGUAACCAAAACCCUAAUAAAUCCAUCUUCCAAGAUUUCCUCAACAAGCCUUUGAAUCAGGAACCACCACCUACGCCUUCCUCCACUCACCACGGCUCUCUUUUUUCUCCUCCUGCAACUGUUAUCAGCUUGAACACUCACUCCAUUGAUACCCACUUUGAUGAAUCUGCGAUGUUUGGUUGCUUUGGGAAGAAAAGAGGCCAAGAUUCUGAUGAAAGCAGAGGAGACAGACGGCAUAAGCGUAUGACCAAGAACAGAGAAUCUGCUGCUCGUUCUAGAGCCAGAAAACAGGCAUAUAUAAACGAGCUGGAGCUUGAAAUUGUUCACUUGCAGAAGGAAAAUGCAAGACUCAAGAGACAAGAAGAGCAGAUGCAGUUGAAAAUGGCCGAAGCAACUCAACACCAAACAAAGAAAAUACUUCAACGGUCUUGGACAUCUCCUUUUUGAGAAAUCAACAAGUGAUCAUGGUGCAGAGAAGCAGGAAAAGAUCUGUACAUUUUACCUAAGGUAAACUUGGUGAUGUAGCAUUUUAGGGAAGUGUAGAAAAGUAUCAAGAGAAUGAAAAAAUAAAACCUUUUGAAUAUUGUACUGUAACAUAUGCUCCAGUGCAAAACACAGUAGCAUUUGAGGUUCUGUUUUUACUUUCCACUCUUUAACCCAUUACUGCACUGUAAUACUUGUUCAUUAUUAUAUGUAUACUUCAUUUGCAACCAAAAA